ACCUGAGUCGUUGAUAAGGAUUUGAACAAAGCCUACCUCGUAUGAGCAACGAUAGCAUCUCAAGAAUCAAUAUGUUAGGUUAGUCAGUUGUGUCCUCGAGAUGGGCCAGGCGUACCAGAUAACCUUCUUAGAUCCCUCACUGGGAUCCACAGACACUGGAAGAGAAGGCAAUGAAUGCACCAUGAUCUGCUCCACGCCUCAUGGCCGAAUGAACAUCAGGUUCCAUUUCUCCCUAUAAGUACAAGGAGGCCUUCCUCAGUUCCGUCUUCCAUCCCUCCUCGACUGCACACACAUGAUUUCCACUCUUCGCUCCGUGAGUCGGCGGCGCUCGUCACGACUAUCGCCGCCCUUUCUGUCCUGUCUUCCAUUACGAUUACCGCCCCCCACCUUCCCCUUAAGCAAACAGCCGAGCCACGAAAACAACGGAAACCGGCCAACAGCCGAAAGCAAGGCAAAGAGGAACCCCCUAGAACAGGACAAACUGGAACCGAGAAGUCCGCCAUGUCGUCUUAAAGAGGGAAGGGACCUGAAAGAAGAAGAAGAAAGUAAAAACGCAAACAAGAACAUCCCACGCCCCGCCAUGCCAUGCCAAAUGUCGUUCGUCUAGCCGUUC